AUGUCGAAAAACGAAGCGGACAUCCUUGAGAAACAAGCCAUGGAUAAGACUGCGGAUAGUCUGAAUGACGCGCCCCUUGCCAACGAAGAUGCACAGCGUCUUGCACAGCUUGGACAUGAGCAAGAACUUCGAAGACAAUAUUCCCUGAUCUCUUUAGGUGCACUUUGCCUUUGUCUUGGAGCCACUUGGGAAGCUCUGUCUACUGUUGUCGUUACUGCUUUGGUCAACGGCGGUGCACCCUGUGUUUUCUACAACUAUAUCUUGUCAGCCAUCUUCUCUAUAUGCACUGCUGCUUCCCUUGGCGAGAUAGCUUCUAUAUAUCCUACUGCAGGAGGACAGUACCACUGGGUAGCAGCCAUGGCCCCCUCCUCGAUAUGCUCCUCUGCUUCCUUCAUGACUGGCUGGAUCAGCAUAGGUGGCCAGAUAGUCUUGACAGCUUCCGCAGCAUUCGCAGCCGGUCUGGAAUCACAAUCACUCAUCAUCGUCAACGAUUCGUCAUAUGUACCAGAGCGAUGGCAAGGCCUUUUGUUCUACUGGGCUGUCUUGGUAUAUGCUCUCAUACUCAAUAUCUGGGGCCAGCGAGCUCUUCCCUGGCAUAACCACGUAUCUGGAAUUAUUCACGUCGGUGGCUUUGUCAUAGUUGUCAUCGUCCUCGGUGUAAUGGCGCCCAAGAAUACUUCUUCUUUUGUCUUUAAAGAAGUGACCAACCAGAGUGGCUGGGCAGACGAUGGAGUCUCAUGGCUAGUUGGCCUUUUGAGUUCUGUGUAUCCCUUCCUCGGAUACGACGCUGCCUGUCAUCUUGCAGAAGAAAUGCCCCACGCAAGCCGCAACGUCCCAAUCGCCAUGAUAGGCAGCGUCGGUAUUAACGGUUUCCUUGGCCUGGUAUACGUAAUUAUCCUACUCUAUUCCGCCGGCCCUCUCGAGACCCUUGUCAAGACCCCCACGGGAUAUCCCUUCAUGCAAAUCUUCCUUGACGCGACAAAGAGCCCCGUCGGCACUACCCUUUUAUCCCUGCUGAUCAUUCUCGUUGCGGCGGCUGCUACCGUUGCAGGUACUACCUCAACGUCGCGAACGCUGUGGGCCUUUGCACGCGAUAGGUCUACGCCAUGGGACAAACAACUGAGCAAGGUUAACAAGCGCCACGAAGUCCCUGUUUAUGCAGUUGUUGUGACGGUUGUGCUGCAAAUGUUGCUCGGUUUCAUUUACCUUGGCAACACGACUGCCUUCAAUGCCUUUUUGUCCAUGGCCAUCAUUGGGAUGUAUACCAGUUAUGCACUACCCAUCGUCGCUAUGUUGUUUUACAGGAAGCAUCUGCAGUCUACCAAUGCUUUUGGUCCGUUUAGGCUCGGACGUGUUGUAGGUCCCCUGAUCAACAUCAUUAGCUUGAUUUGGAUCAUAGUUGUUGUGAUUUUCAGUGCCUUCCCUUCCGUCAUGCCUGUUACAGCACAAAACAUGAAUUACUCGGUUGUCGUCAUGGCCUUUUGGGUUCUUGUGGGAGCAUUGUACUAUGGUAUCUGGGGAAAGAAGAAGUACCAGGUGCCCAACGUCGACAUGGCUGUCCUCGAUGGCGCUCGGGAUUCAGGAAAUUAA